GGAAGUAGUUUAAAGUAGUUUUAGCUGGAUAAACAUGAAGACAGCAGUGUGUAAAUGGCUUUUAUUAAUGACUCUUCGUUUAUUCACAGGUGCUGCUGGUCCGUUGACAGAGAGAACAAAUGUACUUUUCAUCAUGGCUGAUGACUUGAGGACAUCACUGGGCUGCUAUGGUGACCCGUUAGUAAAGUCCCCCAACAUCGACCAGCUGGCCUCCAGAAGCCAGGUGUUUCUGGAGGCCCACGUCCAGCAAGCCGUGUGCGCUCCCAGUCGCACGUCCAUGUUGACCAGUCGCAGACCGGACACCACCCGGCUGUAUGACUUCAACUCCUACUGGAGGGUCCACUCGGGGAACUACACAACCCUGCCCCAGUACUUUAAGUCCAGAGGCUACACCACCAUGUCAGUGGGCAAGGUGUUCCAUCCAGGAAUCGCCUCUAAUCACACUGAUGACUUCCCCUACAGCUGGUCCAUCCCAGCUUUCCAUCCAGCUUCAUUUCUGUUUGAGAAUAAAAAGGAGUACCUGAGCUUGUAUCCUCUGGAGGACAUGUCUCUGGCCCCUGACCCAGAUGUCCCCAAGCUCCUUCCACCUGUGGCCUACAACCCCUGGACAGAUGUGAGGAGAAGAGACGAUGUCCAGAAGCUCAACGUUAGCUUUCCCUACGGACCGAUUCCUGAAGCCUUCCAGCUGAGGGUCCGUCAGCACUACUACGCUGCAGUGUCCUACAUGGACGCUCAGGUCGGGAGGCUCCUCAGUGCUCUGGAUGAGCUCAGGCUGACCAACAGCACCAUGGUGGUCUUCACCUCUGAUCACGGUGAACAUAACUGAUAUUCAUGCCGGAGAGCUGUACAUGAUGGAGGACGACCCGGGCCAGGACUCCAACAUCUACUCAGACUUUGAUCAAAACCGAGUGAUGAGGAAGAUGGACAAUCUCUCUCAGAAUGUGAGUCUGCAGGUGAGGAUGAAGCUGCAGCUCCUCUACCUCACCGCAGGAAUGAAGACGAGGCCAGAACCAAGAAUGACCAAUGUGGACAGACGGAGAUUUUACAAACAGAAUACAGAUAAAUAAAAAGACAUAACAAUCAUAAUGUUAAGAAAGUUCUCUGUAUGAUCCAGUAUGUUGGAUUAUUUGAACAUGGAUCUUAUAGAUUGAGUUUGUAUUAAAUGUAUUGUUGAAUACCAAAUAAAAAGGAUUUUUGCCAA